GCCUGAUAGUGCACAGUCCCAUUUUAUAGAUGAAGAAACUGAGGCCUGGAGCAUUCAAAUUCCGGUUCUGUUUGUCCAUGGGCAUGUCCUUCACUCUUGCUAAAGUACACAGGGGGGAUAGUUGUGAGGAUGCAGGAGGCGGCUUGCAGUUGGUGCCUUGGCUCCCUGGAGGGCUGGCACCUGCCUGACUUCUUGGACUCAACCAAGUCUCCCUAGGCAGAUGCCCAGAACCAGCGAAGGGCAAGGCUCACCCAGAUCCUUCAGCGGGACCUGAAACCAAGCUAGUGUCUUUCAGUGAACACAUAUAAAGCACUAGCUAUGUGCUAGGAGCGCUCUGGGGAACUUGGCCAUGAGUAGGAGGAGAACCUCUCCUCCCGCCAGUUGAGACCAUAUGCCUAGAGAAAAGCAGGCCAAGCGGUGCUCAUUAGAUAAAGUAAGAUCCAUGAUGCGGGCAGCCAGAGGAGGGGAAGGGGACAUUUGAGCUGAGCUUCAAAGGGUGAAUAGGAGUUUGUUAUUAAAGAGAAGAAGGGAAGGAUAUUGCAGGCAGGAGUUUUCUAUAUUUUUCCUGCAGGAAACUGGCGGUUGGGUUUUCAUACCAAGGCUGCCCUUGAUAAGGGAGCAGAUGAGGCAGACUUCUUGUCUCUGGGAUUUUGCUUCCUGCUCUAUGAAAUCAGUUCAGUGGGAGUCCUGAGACAGGGUGGAGUACAGGAGGGAGGGGAUUCCAGCAGGGCCUGGAGGACAGGUUGAAUGUGAGGAGAAGAGAGGAAAGAAAGCCUUUCCUUAUGGGCAAGGAAUUGGCAAGUUUGAGAGCCAGAGCUUGAACCAGCUAGGCUGGAGCGGCUCCUUCCAUGUUGAGGCCUCCCCUUGUUUGGGACAGCUGGGACAGCUGCAUUUUAUCCAGCAGGAGCUGUGGGCUGGCCUGAGUCCAUUCCUUUUUCUUAUCCUAUGAAGAAUGGAUUUUCUUAAUCCCUAGUUUACAGAUGAGGAACAAGAGGCUCCAAACUUGCCCGGGUAUACCUGGCAGGAGGAAGCAGAUACUAGAACCUUUCUGUGAGAAGGUGGGCCAGAGGGGCUGUGUUCAGGGCUCCAAGUCUCAGUCCAGUGUCACUGUGUGCGCUGAGGGUGUGGACUCCUGCUGCCCCUCCUCCAGCCCUUCUGCUCCACCCCCUCCCUAAUCUGCCUGCCCUUUGGCUGGCCUCACCCCCUCGGUCAAGGGCAGCUGAGGCCGCCUGGAACUCUAAGUCUGGGCUCAGUGGAGUGGAGGAGGACAGAAGGUGGCUGGUCUGCAGCUGGAGCACACAGCCCCAAGACCACUUUUGACCACCUUCAGCCAAGCUAUGCAUGCCAGAGGCCCCCCUGGCCUGCUGUUCCCUGUGCUGCCUCUUGCUUCCUCCGUCCUGAUGCUGCUAAUGAGCAGCCUGUGGCUGCUGGGGGCUGGCCCCAGCCUUGUCCUGGCCCCAGAUCUGCUGCUGGACCCUUGGCAGGUGCACCGGCUGCUGACACACGUGCUGGGCCACACGGCCUUACCUGGCCUGCUCCUGAGCCUGCUGCUCCUGCCCACACUGGGCUGGCGGCAAGAGUGCCACCUGGGCACACUGAGAUUCCUGCACGCCUCCACCCUUCUUGCCGUGGCCUCUGGUUUGAUGGCUGUGCUGCUGGCAGGCCUCGGGGUGUCCAGUGCAGCCGGUGGCUGCGGAUACAUGCCUGUCCACCUGGCUAUGCUGGCAGGGCAGGGUUACCACCCUAGACAGCCCCGGGGGGCACUGCCACCUUGGCUUCUGCCAUGGCUGCUGCUCGCCCUGACACCACUGCUCAGCCCUGAGCCACCCUUCCUGCAGCUCUUCUGUGGCCUCCUUGCUGGCCUGGCCUAUGCAGCUGGGGCCUUCUGGUGGCUGGAGCUCUCCGAGUGGCGGCUGCGGGCGCUGCAGGAGGGUGUCCUGUGCAGGGCCCUGGCAAGGUGCUGGCCACUCCAGCUCCUUCCCACCCCAGGCGGCCUGGGUGAGCUGCCUGUCACCCAUCCUGCCAGAGUAAGGCUUCCCACCUCUGGACCUCCUUGCAUGGCCUCCCCUAGCCUCUGGUCCCGCCGUGAAGGCUCAGCCCUGGUCCUACCAGGCCUGGGGCCUGUGCAGCCACUCUGGGAGGGCUCCUCAGAGGUGGGACUGGCCCGAUCUGGGCCCAGCUUCCCCGCAGGGACCCCGCUGUGGGCAGCCCUGGACGAGCAGAUGCUGCAGGAGGGGAUCCAGGCCUCGCUCCUUGAGGGGCCAGCCCAGGGUCCUGAGAGCCCGCUCUGGCUGCCCAAGUCCUCCGUCUCCUCUCUGCGGCUGCAGCAGCUGGAGCGCAUGGGCUUCCCCACGGAGCAGGCAGUGGUGGCACUGGCAGCCACAGGCCGUGUGGAGGGUGCUGUGUCACUGCUGGUCAGCGGGGAGGUGGGCACUGAGGCACUGGUGACUCAGGGGAGGGGUGGGCCGGCUCACCCUGAGGGCCCUGGGCCCCCCUAGCACAGGCAGGCCCUCAGGUGAGAAGAGGCCUGGCCUGUGGGCGGGAAGUCUGUUGAGAGUCACAGUGAGAUUCAGGAGCGGCCCCUUUGCACCCUACCCUGGUCCUGUUUGGAAUAAAAACCAGUUCACCUUUCAACCUGGA